GAGAAGUCAGAUUUCACAACAAAUGUGAAUCAUCCAGUGUCAAAGUGGUACAUGAUGUGAUUAUUUUUGGUGAACAAAUUAAGGUAUUCUUCCCUAUUUGCAUGUUAUACCAAAUAUUCGUUCUACCUUUGGUAUAUAUUCAGGAAAAUAGUAAAUAUAUAUAAAAAGCGCGUAAUAAAUACCAAUAAAUCUUACCACAUUGGUGUAAGAAAGUGUCAUCACCUGAUUUUGACAACCCAAAGGUGAUGAUGUUAGCAUAAUGGUGAUUUCAAAUUUUAGAAUGCCCAUCCAGGCACCUCAGUGGACGGAAUUCCUUUCAUGUCCAGUUUGCUGCAACUCUUUUGAUAUAAAACUUCGUAGUCCAAUAAGUUUGGGCUGUAGCCACACAAUAUGCAGGGGUUGUCUUUCAAAUCUACAUAGAAAACAAUGCCCCUUCGACCAAACAAAUAUAAGUAUUGACAUCGAGAAUUUACCAAUUAAUACUGCAUUAUUGCAACUUGUUGGACCAAAUGUAAGAAAUGAUAAUGAUGAAAUUGACUGUAAGAUUGUUCCUAGGGAAUAUCUAGAUUAUUACUUAGAAUGUAAAAGAUACAUUGAAGAAUUGGCUUUGUAUUUGAAGCCAUAUCCAAAUGGAAGUGUAUGUGGUAGUGGAAGUAUCUUAUCACGCCCUAUGCAAAGGAAACUUGUUACAUUGAUUAACUGCCAAUUAGUGGAAGAUGAGGGGAGAACUAGAGCUAUGAGAGCUGCAAGAUCUCUUGGAGAAAGAACAGUUACUGAACUUAUUCUUCAACACCAAAAUCCUCAACAAUUGUCUGCAAAUUUGUGGGCAGCUGUUAGAGCAAGAGGAUGUCAAUUCCUAGGACCAGCAAUGCAAGAAGAGGUACUGAAGCUCGUUCUGCUAGCUCUAGAAGAUGGUACUGCAUUAUCAAGAAAAGUUUUGGUUAUGUUCGUGGUACAAAGACUUGAACCUCAUUUUCCACAAGCAUCCAAAACAAGUAUUGGCCAUGUUGUCCAGCUUCUAUAUAGAGCCUCCUGUUUUAAGGUAUCGAAAAGAGAAGGAGAUUCGUCACUAAUGCAACUGAAGGAAGAGUUCCGUACCUACGACGCUCUGCGUCGUGAACAUGACGCUCAGAUAGUGCAAAUAGCAACUGAAGCAGGUCUCAGGAUCGCUCCAGAUCAAUGGUCGGCUUUACUUUAUGGUGACACAGCCCAUAAAUCGCACAUGCAAAGUAUCAUCGAUAAACUUCAAACACCUCAAAGUUUCGCUCAAUCUGUCCAAGAGCUAGUGAUAGCGUUACAGAGAACGGGAGAUCCUGGAAAGUUGUCAGUGUUAAGGAAUUAUCUGGAUUUGUUGGCCAGUAUUGAUCCUAGUCCUGAAUCUGCUCCUCCAUCAUGGAAAGCCUGUUCAGAAUGCUUGAAAGCUGUUGGUCAAGUUGUAGCAGGUCUGGUGGAGUUUAUUCACCAACAUGGUAGUAGAAAAUUGCAAGAUACUGCCCAUUCACAACAUGCUAAAUAUAAAAUUAGUAUGUGCAGGGAUCUAACACUCAGAGGUAGUUGUCCAAGGGGUACCAACUGCACAUUUGCUCAUUCGAAUGAAGAACUGGAAAAAUAUAGGGCUAAGAAUCGAAAAACUAUCACGAGAAAUAAGGAACACCGUAUAGAAAACCAAUCGCCUACAGAAAAACCAUUUAACCAAUCAGAAGAUUACUAUUCUAUUUCAAACACUACGACUGUAAGUCCCGUGCCUCUUCCCCCAGUAGUUCAAAUACACAGGAUGGGAUAUGACGUACCCUACCAUCCUAAUCCUACUUAUCCCACUACACAGCCAUUCACUCAACCGGUUUAUCCCACACCAACAACUUCGUUUCCCAUACACGAAAUGUACCCCCAGAAUCAUACCAAUAUUAUGUUGACCAAUGGAGGACAAUUCUAUCAAACACAACAGGGUGAUUUCACUACUGUAGGUACUCAACCUCAACAAGGGGUUGAUAUGAAGAGGUCAUGGGAUAUUGUGAUGUCGCAGAUAGCUAAAAAUCAAAAUAUAUCCCAACAACAAAAAUUAAAUCGAGGUUCGACGAAAAGUUUGGCCGAAUUACGACAACGGAAACAAGAAGUGAUUUCGCAGCUGGAAAAAGUCGUUGGAAAAAUGGCUGCGGCUGAGAUAUCCAAUCACGCUAACACUUUGGCUAGACAAGAAUCCCAACACGAUUUGGAAAGUCCGACGUCGCCUUAUAACUUUUGGACGCCGCACAUAACUUCCGGUCCGACUUUUGUUAGAUCUGAUUCAAUUUUGGCAGCCGACGACGAUUACGUACCAUACGAUUCGCCGGCUAUCAGUAAAUUCGGACCCAUAUCUAGGAUGCAUAAGGACAAUGGAAUCACGCAACCCGGAGGACAACAAUUCAGGGAUAACCAAGCAAUGGUUCGACGUCCGGUUACAUCAGCAAGUCCAGUUUCACCUUGGUUCUAUAAUAACAACAAUCAUUACCAUCAAGCACCAAUGCCGACUGCUCAUCCCAUGGUAGGACCUCCAGGUAGUGAAGGAUAUGUUACUUAUGGAUCUCAACUGUUAUUUCAUCCAAGAUUGCAAGACCCGUCUAAAGAAUUAAUCGCCGAAUCACAAAGAGUGAAACUGCAACUGAGAAAUUUGGAAAAACAACUCAACGAUUUGAAAAUCGCCACACAAGGCGUGACUAAUUUGAGUGAGAGCGAAAGACUAACACAGGAAUUACAAUUAAUAGAACAAGGGAUACAAGAAAAACAAAAAGAGGCAUGUUUGUCUAAAAUCGUCCAAUCUUUAAACCAAGCUAUGGGUAAUUACAACAACGGUAACCCCUCAGGACAGUCAGAUGAUGCAAUGUACGAAGCCGAUAUAGCAAACGAUAUGCGUGAACUAGAAUUGAGGUUACAAGAAGAACUAGAAGAAUGGAACGGCGAAGAUUCGCCAAAAUAAGUUAAAAUGAUAAUAUUUAGAUAAUUUUUACAUUUCCUCUCGUCAUAAUUUUUGUCAUCGUGGGAGGAAGAUCACAAGGUAUUUGUUAUAAUUUAUUAUGCAAUGUCUUUUCAGAUCAUUUUGAUUUUUUUAGAUUGUGUGUAAUGAUGAAAUUAUUGUCCGUUUAACUGUCAAAUUCAAUAGGAUACUAAGUGAAUACAUUUCUAGAUACAUAUAUCAUACAAUGUAUAAAUUUAAAUCAUGUUUUAGAUAUUUUUUUUUGCAAAAUCACCCUGAUAUUAAUUUUGUAAAUCCAAUUUCCACUUUAAAUUAGCUUAAACUCGUUUAAUAAUUGAAUAAAAGAAGCGGAAUAGUUUAGAAAUUAUAAUUUUUUUGUAAAUUACAAAAUUUAUGUUUAUGUAACUAAAUUGGUUAGGUUAGGUAAUUUGUCCCUCUGUAUUAAUAAAAAUUUACAGUUUCUGAAAAAUAACUCAACGAGGGGUUUUUAUUUAUUUAAAUUAAUGUCGUUUUUGUUAUGACAGUUGAAAUGACAUAAUUUACCUCAUAAUUCAAAGGUCGUCUGACGAUCAUUUCUAUAAUUUGUGAUAUUUUUGUUAAUUGACUUUUGUUAUAAUAUUUCAAAUAUUGAAAAAAAAAAAGAAUUCAUGAUAUUAGCAACAUUUGUGGGAUUUCUAUAUUUUGAUUAAUAAAUAAUAAUUUAUUAUUUUGAAGCAGCAAAAUGGUUGAUAAUAUCAUGAAAGACCAAACAUAAUCUGCAGGAAUGAAAAAUUAUGAAAUAGUUAUACUGAAUAGUCUUAAGAAAUUACCAGGCUGUAAACUAUAUACAAAUAUACCGAAAAAUCGUUUUAAUAUUUUAGUAAAUCGUGUAAUCUUGAAAAAUGCUUCAACUAUGUACAGGGUAUACCAAAAUAAAUUGAAUCGACAUAGUAUAUCAGUUCAGUUGUCUAUGGCUUCAUGUUAUACGGGAACUGCAUCCUUAUUUUAUUUUUUGUAAAGGGAUUAUUUUGUUUAUUGUAUUGUUUCUAUGUAUUUCAAUCAUUAUUUCAAAUUACUUUGGUUAUUUUUUCUUGUUGCUUUAUCCAAAAACGUCUAAUACCUGAUAAUUCAGUUAUUUGAAAUAAUUUUUUUCUAAUAUGAAACUCAGUUAUAUAAUUGCCGAGACUGUUGCAUUAGGCGCCAAUUUCUUAUCACUCCUUAUCGUUUUGUUACAUUUACAAAUUAUUAGAAAGUGUCAUGUGUUAAUCAGGCAAAUUCUGGUAAUUUUUUCUUUAAAAAAAAUAUUGUAAAUGUGUCGAAAGUUUUUAAAAAAAUGAAUCAAACUGAAACUUUUCAUGGUACUAUAAUAGUUUCAUGCGAGUACUGAGUACUAUAAUGAAAAAAUAGGUACACGAGGGAAUAUUUUUUACUCUUGCAGCUAUAAUUAAUAAUUAGAUUCUUUAGUUUUUUCUAUUUGGAAUACACUCGCUAAGACCCAUUAAUUAGUUCGAAAGGAUCAUUUCGUUGGAUUACUGGUUGUACCACGAGGUUGGAUGUCAGUCUGUUUGGAUAAUAUUUUAAUCUAUUUUUAUUUCUUACGGAUAAGUUUAUUUAUUUCCGUUUUGACCGGUUCCACUUGAAGAACGCAGGCUAUAACAAACCAUGGAGCAUCUAUAACAAUUCUUAGCACUUUCAGUUAGAAUCGAUCCAAAAUUUCAAUACUAGAAUUGCCUGUUGAUCCCCACAGUGGGAUACCGUAGGUCCAAAUGGAUGUGAGGAUUGCCUUGUAAAUCAGUACCUUAUUUUUUAUAGAUAAUUGAGAUUUUAUACCUGGGAAAAAUAUAAAAAAUUUAUUGAUGUAUAGUACUGUUUUAAAUAAUUUGAGGAUCUUAUACGAGAAAAGAUAUUUCCAAUAGAGUUGUAUUGAAAUUUAUCUAAAAAUGCAAUAAAAACAUGGUGCUUCAAAUGAAAAUAAAACAAAUUGGAGUACAAUUCUGGUAUGGUAUAACUAGAAUUCAUAUAAAAUUGAAAACAUUUUAACCGUAUCCGGCUUCUUGGAAAACUCAUUUUUACAUAUUUUCAAAAAAAAUAUUACCUAUACACCUGUCUACUCAAAUUAUCGUAGCAUACCCUGUAUAUAUAGCUGUACCUAUAAAAUUAUUUUCUCAUGUAUACUUUUUACAUCACACAACAACCUCAAUAAAUUAGAUUAUGUGAAUUGAUAUACAUUAUUUCAUUUUCAGUUAAAUUGAAAUAAGGACGGUCUAUUAUUUCAACGGGUACAGCUUUAGCUUAGUAAAAUUGAAAGAGGAAAUGCAUAAAAUGCGCUUGUGUGCAAUAAAAUGAAAUUUUAUGACGAUUAAAAGGAAUUAAAAUGGAAAUAUAUUUAUAUAAAAAGUUAAUCU